AUGGCAAGCGAAGCCAUCUCCGCCCUUGAUCUCCUCCGCAAACACCUUCUCGCCGCAGCCGCAGCCGCCAGCGACGGCGGGGGCGGGAAACAACCCCAUCCCCCGGCGGAACCCAUCCCUAUCCCCGGCGAUCUCAGCAUCUCCGACUACCUCCAAGACACCGACACUGAUCCGCGAGGCACCGGGUUCAGAUUCCAGGAGCCCCCGCAGACGAUGAUCCGAUUCGGCGGCGACAUGUUCGAUGUUGGUCUCAAGCUCAAUGUCCCUCGCUCCGCCGCUCCGAAGGUGGAGUGGAUAGACGGCGUCGUCUGCGAGAAACGGGAGCCGGAGGUGUUCGACGGAAAUCGGUACCGUGGCGUGAGGCAGAGACCGUGGGGGAAGUUCGCGGCGGAGAUCCGCGAUCCGAAACGCCGGGGAUCUAGGGUUUGGCUUGGAACGUUCGAUACCGCGGUGGAGGCCGCGCGGGCGUACGACCGCGCCGCUUUCAAGAUGCGAGGAAACAAAGCGAUUCUGAACUUUCCGAAUGAGGUCGGUGGCUCGGAGGAUUGGGUUCAGCCGCCUCCGCUAGCGCUGCCGGAGAAGAGAGGGAGAGUGGAGAUGAAGGGGGAUGGAGGGAGGGGUGUGAAGAAGGGUAGAUUAGAGGAAUCAGAGUGGAAUAUUCCGGCGGCUGAGCCGCUGACGCCGUCGCUGUGGUCGGGGGUUUGGGAGGGGAUGGACGUGAAGGGGUUCUUCGACUUGCCGCCGCUGUCUCCGCUGUCUCCACAUCCUCAGCUGGGGUUUCCUCGGCUGACUGUAAUUUGAAUGUUAACGGCGGGCGUUAAUUGCAGAAAUUAAUUAUUGUUGCGAAUUGUUUAAUAUUGUAAAAAAGGGUUUGUAUAUGUGUCGAUUGGAAAAGUCGGACGUGACUCAGUGGCAAGGCCUGUAAUUUCACACGAAAUGAGAGGUGCUUUGCAAUGAGUUAAGGUUACCACCUUCUUGAUUGACAUAUAUAUGUAUGUAUGUAUGUAUGUAUGUA